UAUAUUUUGUUACUUAGGAAGAGAUAAGAAAAGAAUGGAUGUUCAAAUUAGUGGGCAAAGAAACCUUCUGUGUUGGAGCUGCAAAGACAAAAGCAACCAUAAAUAUAGAUGCUGUCAGUGGUUUUGCUUAUGAAUAUACUCUGGAAAUUAAUGGGAAAAGUCUCAAGAAGUAUAUGGAGAACAGAUCAAAAACCACCAAUACUUGGGUAUUACACUUGAAUGGUGAGGACUUUAGAGUUGUCUUGGAAAAGGACACUAUGGAUGUAUGGUGCAAUGGUAAAAAAAUGGAGACAGCAGGUGAGUUUGUAGAUGACGGGACUGAAACUCACUUCAGUAUCGGGAACCAUCAGUGUUAUAUAAAGGCCGUCAGUAGUGGGAAGCGGAAAGAAGGUAUUAUUCAUACUCUCAUUGUGGAUGACAGAGAAAUCCCAGAGAUUCUUCAAUGACUUCAUGUUAAUGAAUUUUAAUCUUGGGAAGUAAAGAUCAUGACUUUUUAAUUACUGUGGUAAUUAAAUGUGUUCAGUAUGUACUUAUCAGUACAUUUAGUCUGGAAUGUUUUUAUUUUUUAGUUACUUAAAACUGUAACAUUCCAAGGGUCAGGAGAAAAAACAAAUUAUGUACAACCGUAAAAAUUACAAUUUAUUUUGUAAAUAAUUUAAAAUGUUUUCAAACCAAAUGGAAAAUGAGAUAUGGACCCAAAUCACUAAUGUUUUCCAACAGUAAAUUUUACUAUAAUAAACACU